AUGGCGUUCCAGUUCCCGAUGAUAUCAUCGUGCUUGACUGAUCGAUACUUUCCGGCUGGGUUUCUUACUCUGUUGGGCUUGCAAUGGGUCAUCUUCAAUAUUCAAGAGCCCGAAAGACGUGAUUUCAAGGGAGUGAGUUUCAAAGACUUGGCAAUGCAUAUCAAGACUAUGGCCGAUAUCGAUGACUGGAUUGUUGGUACGAGGCGAGCAGGAAAUCAUUUGCCGUUCUUCGUUGACAGUAUGGGCUCCAUGGUAUCCCUCCUCGGACGAAUAUUGGGAUCACUUGGCCAUUUACGUACGGGCACCUCCCAAAUUCAGGGACCCUUUAUCGAGUUUAUCAGAAAUCUUGAGCAGGAUGAAUGA